UGCUUUGGGACAGGGAACUGAGAGGCAGCUUUCGCUCUCAUUGCUGAGCUGAUUGCAGAGAGGGGAGCUCGCCUGUGCCUUGCUAUCUCCAUCCCUCACUCCCCUCCCCUUCCUUUCCUUUCCUGCCCCCCCACCACCUCCUCCUCCUCCUCCUCUGGGGGGCUUUUCCAGCUCCUUUUUCCCCUCCCUCCCUCUAACAGCGAAAAACACGUGAACGAGAUUGAGCAGCGAGAAAAUAAAACCAGCACUUCAGCUCGUUUUACCUUCACUGCGCACCCUCUCCAUUCACUCCCAGCACCUUUAGUUUCCUUUGUUUUUGUUAUUUAUUUAUUUUUAAAUAGAAGGAAGACAACAUUCCAAUUUCUUUCCAUAGCGCCCCCCCUCACUUUCCCACCACCUCCUUUCUUUUGCUUCAAAGCUGCCACCACCCCCCCCCCCCCCCCACCCUCUGCUUUGGCAUCAAGGAGCUGAACUCCUGUGUUUUUUUUGGUAGGUAGGGUAGCACCGGCCAUUCUCCUGUUCUCCCAGCACCAGCGCCUCUUGCCCGGAGUAGGGGAGGGUGGGGGGAAUAUUUUUAAAAAACACACACACACACACAUACAACGGAUUCUGUCGACUCCCCAGCCAUGAGCACGAAAAGUGAUGAAGCUAACAACGGCGAAGAGGAGGUCCGUACGCUUUUUGUCAGUGGCCUUCCUAUGGAUAUUAAACCACGUGAGCUUUACCUUCUCUUUCGACCAUUUAAGGGAUAUGAAGGGUCACUGAUCAAACUAACAUCAAAACAGCCAGUUGGCUUUGUUACAUUUGACAGCAGAGCGGGAGCAGAAGCAGCGAAGAAUGCAUUAAAUGGCAUUCGAUUUGAUCCCGAAAAUCCUCAAACUCUCCGGUUGGAAUUUGCAAAGGCAAACACAAAGAUGGCCAAAAGCAAGCUGAUGGCUACACCUAACCCCACGAAUAUGCACCCUGCCUUGGGAGCACACUUCAUCGCCCGGGACCCUUAUGACCUCGCAGGAACAGCACUAAUCCCUGCAUCUCCAGAGGCCUGGGCUCCUUAUCCACUGUACACAACAGAACUGACCCCUGCCAUUCCACAUACUGCGUUCACCUAUCCUGCUGCUGCAGCAGCUGCUGCACUUCACGCUCAGAUGCGCUGGUAUCCUCCAUCCGAAGCAUCUCCACAAGGAUGGAAAUCUCGUCAGUUCUGUUAAGUAUUUAACUGCCCUUAUCCAAGAAUUCAGAUUUCUCCAUGGAGUGAUGUGCAAGGACAGACUGGAUUUUUGUUUUCAGGUUCAAGUUUGCUGAAGGAGAUUUUGGAUAACUGGCUCAUUUCCACUCAACUUGGAGGGGGUGGAGUGGUCACCUAAGGACUGUGGAUUUAAGAACUUGACUGGUGAACAUGUGUUUUUUUUCCAUGUGGGAGGACCUAUAACCUGGCAGUCUGAUCCAUCUGAUGCAAGGACCAACAAAAAAUGGCACCCCUGCUGUGAAGCUACAAAAUUAAAAGGUUGACAUUAAUGGAACUGGUGAAGUGCAAUGGCACACCAUAUCUAAUGUAUUUUCUUUUUAAAACCUUUUUUAUUUUGCAAACGCACCCAUCGGGUCUUCAUGUUUGACCCUUCUCUACCCCCCCCUCCCCCCCCCGGUCCCUUUUUCUAUAGACCUGGUGCGAGGAUGGUUUGGCAAAGUAGAAUUAAGCAGUUCCUGGCUAGAGAUGCUCUUUCGGGAGGAAGCUUUCAUCACCGGAGGUUUUUGCUUUUAUUUUUUGGAGGGAUCUUCCAGCCUGACGUUUCAGGAUGUCCACCAGUUUACUUUUGAUGUUGCCACAGCCUUUUUUCUUUUGUUUAGUGCCCUUAUCUUGUUAACUUGUUUCUUCUGGAGAAAACCGUCUUGCCAAAUAUCAGCUGUUCCUGUUAAAAGUAUUUUGAAUGAUAUUGAGUACAAGUAUUUUUGUACUGGUGUAAUGAAGAAUAUUUAUGCAUCAAGGAUUUUUGUGCAAUUAAAAUUGUAAUCUGUAUUAUAACUUAAUGUUAGUUCAGUUGUGUUUUGGAAAUGCUGAUUAUAGCCCAUAUGGUAGUUUAAGAAAAGGUGCAAUUGUAUUUUUUUGCUUACUUUGCUUGGUGUUAAGUACUUAAAGUAUUAAGAGUGUGGUUGUUUUUGCUUGUACAAGGACUGCAAGAUUUGAGAUGUAAGUUGCUGAUCCUUCUAGAAUGUGAAACUGGAUUAUAAAAGACAGAAUGUUAAAUAGCUUUUUUGCAGUUGUUUAUGAUUCUCCAAGGUUCCAUGAAGCUGCAGAUUUCUUGCACAAUUUUUGAACCGGACUUGCCGUUCUAAUGCUGUUCCUGUGGUGCUCAUCAACUACUUUUUAAAUAGGGAAAAUGACUCUCAAUGCUACUGUAACUUUUGUGGUAGAAUGGACCAUAUCCAUUGCCUGUGGAUGAGUCAAUUGCAAACUUUUGUGCAAUAUUUUAAACUUGUGAUCUUCUGAUAAUCCACUCACCAGUGUAACUCCCCCGGCCCGCAGAGGAAGUGACUGCAUGCAAUUUAUUCACUGGGUUUGUUAUUCAUUAUAUAAUAGAAAUUAUAAUUCCAAGUCUGAGAUGGUGCAAGGACUGUGCACUAGCAACUGUUUUGGUUUUGUGGGGGAUUUGAAGGUGCCUGAAAUAACAUACAAAGCAAGAAAUGUGGAGCUGUAAUCUUUUGUGUUAACAUUCCCUGUUUUUUUUAAAUUAUAACAAGUUCCUAUCCA